AUGGAGGCUCUCGUUGCUAGAGCAAGGGCGACAACGAAGGCUCUCCGCAGCAGAGCAAUGACGAUGGCAAAAUCUUUCCUCAGCACAACAGUAGCGACAGUGAGAAAUCACUUACUUGCAUGGCCACAACGCAUAAGUGAUCUUCUGAUCAUGUUUGGGACAAGAAAGCGAUCACAGAUAAAGAGGCCUAUAUGGACUAUCUUAUUGGUUUCUGUAGCGAGCAUUUUUCUGACUGCUGUUUAUUUUUAUCUACCAAGAAGUUCUGCAUCAUGCUUUUUGUUUGACUCUGAAGCUUGUGGAGCAUAUGAAGGGGUGGCUACCCGUGAAUUGACUGAUUCUGAAACUGAAUCUAAGGUUGUUGUCAAGGAACUUCUGAAGACUCCACCUGUCCAUACAAAGAACCCUAAGAUUGCUUUUCUGUUUUUGACUCCGGGUACAUUGCCUUUCGAGAAGCUCUGGCACGCAUUCUUUCAAGGCCAUGAAGGCAGAUUCUCAGUUUAUGUGCAUGCAUCAAAGGAAAAACCAACGCAUGUCAGCCGUUAUUUUGUUGGUCGAGACAUUCACAGUGAAUCGGUAGCCUGGGGAAGAAUUUCCAUGGUUGAAGCUGAAAGGAGACUUUUGGCGAAUGGACUUCUAGACCCUGAUAACCAACAUUUUGUCCUGCUAUCUGAAAGCUGUGUACCUGUGCGUCACUUUGAAUUUGUGUACAACUACUUGUUGUAUGCAAAUGUCAGCUUUCUUGACUGCUUUGUGGACCCUGGUCCUCAUGGAAAUGGAAGGUAUAUUGAACACAUGCUUCCUGAAGUAGAGAUAAAGGAUUUCCGAAAGGGUUCACAGUGGUUCUCAUUGAAGCGGCGGCAUGCGAUAAUAGUGAUGGCUGAUAAUCUCUACUUCACAAAAUUUAAGCAUUAUUGCAGGCCAAAUAUGGAGGGAGGACGCAACUGCUAUGCUGAUGAGCAUUACCUUCAAACCUUUUUUCAUAUGAUUGAUCCUGGUGGAAUUGCAAAUUGGUCGGUAACGUAUGUUGAUUGGUCUGAAGGAAAAUGGCAUCCAAGAUCAUUUGCAGCCGUGGAUAUCACUCACGACCUCCUUGUGAAGAUUUCAUCUGUGACAGAAUGUCCGCAUUACACAAGUGACGCACAGAGAACAUUGGUGAUUACACCGUGCAUAUGGAACGGUUUACAACGACCUUGUUAUCUGUUUGCGAGGAAGUUCUAUCCAGAAACACAGGAAAAAUUGCUAAAGCUUUUCUCUAACUUUACAACAUUCUAG